GCAAUGCCACCAGCCAAACCUGUGGGUGCAUAAAUGGACUUCCGUCUGAUGGAGCGCUCUGUGAACCAAUCACAAAUGUCACACCGUGUCCAACCCCCACUCCUAACGUUACAUAUGACAUUGAUCUAGCCCUGGAAUUGCGUAUCCCAGUCUCCAGUGUGCCAUCAUAUUUCAUUGAACAAUUCAGGAACACUGUGAGAAGUGUCUCGCUCCCCUACACCAUCACUCAGUCUUUAAAAGUGAUAGACUUAAAUUUCACCACAGGGUGCUAUCCAAACUCCACUGGAGGACUGCAGUGUCACUGUGAAGAGCAGUUUGCUUGGUCAUGUGACAAGUGCAACAUCUACGGUGCGUGCAGCAAUGCCACCAGCCAAACCUGUGGGUGCAUAAAUGGACUUCCGUCUGAUGGAGCGCUCUGUGAACCAAUCACAAAUGUCACACCGUGUCCAACCCCCACUCCUAACGUUACAUAUGACAUUGAUCUAGUCCUGGAAUUGCGUAUCCCAGUCUCCAGUGUGCCAUCAUAUUUCAUUGAACUAUUCAGGAACACUGUGAGAAGUGUCUUGCUCCCCUACACCAUCACUCAGUCUUUAAAAGUGAUAGGUUUAAAUUUCACCACAGGGUGCUAUCCAAACUCCACUGGAGGACUGCAGUGUCACUGUGAGGAGCAGUUUGCUUGGUCAUGUGACCAGUGCAACAUCUACGGUGCGUGCAGCAAUGCAACCAGCCAAACCUGUGGGUGCAUAAAUGGACUUCCGUCUGAUGGAACGCUCUGUGAACCAAUCACAAAUAUCACUCAUUGUCCACCUUUAGCGGCAACUUCACCACCCAGCACAACUACAACAAAACCAAUGAUGACUACAAUGCCCACGAUAACAACAACACAGGCGAACAACUUGACGUUCACCAUGGACUUAGUUUACAAUUCUACAUACAAUAACCCGACAAGUGAAGUUUACAAAAACACUAAUAACACUAUUCAAGAACAAUGUAAGGCGCACAUCUCAACUCUAGUAUCAGUCAACAUCAUUGGCUUCAAGAGUGGAAGCACCAUCGUUGACUAUGCUAUAAGAGCAAACUCUAUAAAUGAUACGGAAAUUGGCUCAGUCACAGAAGGGGUAUUUAUACAACUGGGAAAAAUAUACCCUGUGAUAUUUGACAGCCCACUAAACUUUCAACCAUCUCUAAUCUUUUUGGGGGCAAGUGUGACUAUAACAUGCGGCCCUCCACCACCGGGUCUCAGUUUCGUCACCAACUGGACUGCAGAGUGGACACUUAACGGGAUUUCAAUACCCAAAGAUAGUGAACACAACCAGUUACCAGUUGAUAAAGGAGUAGCAAACUUAACUGUGAAACAUGUUUUUAGCGUUGACAAAGGACUUUAUCAAUGUCUGCUGACAGACAGCAGUAAAGUUUUCCAUGGAAUUAUCAGACAGAAAUUCAAUAUAACUUUGCAAAAAAAACCCUUGAUCCAAGUGACACCAAUCAAAAAACUGGUCAAAUGUGAAGUGAACGUGACAGUGACGUGCUCUGUCAACAGCCCCUAUCAGGUUGAGUUUAUUGGCCUACCUGCUAAAGGCACAAACAUCACCAAUACAUUUUCAAUAUCCAGUAACUUACAAAACUAUACUAUCACUUGUCGAGUGAUAAACCAUACGGAAUAUAGCAGCAACAUAACACUGGUGUUACUCAAGGAGAAUUUUACAUGUCCCAAUGAUCCUGUGUUUGGUAAUGGAACUGUUGAUUACACAGCUGAAGCUCCCUGCGAACCAAACUAUGUGGGAGCAAAGACAGCAGUUUGUAAGAACAAUGAAUGGGAUGAUCGACAAGACAACUGCAUCCUGCAAGUUGUCCAGGAGCUGCUCGAGCUGUCUCAGAACUUGAAUAAUAAUUCAUUGCCAAGAUUCUUGACACAACUCAGCUCUGACACUGUCAACUUGACUGAGCAAGUGGUUAACUCUCCUGGAACCAUUAAGGCCAUUGUUCAAAUACUCAACAAUGUAGCCAAUGUGUCAUCAUCACCAAAUAUCCCAAUAACUAAUUCUUCAAUGGAGAACAUCCUAUUAACUGCAGGUGUCCUAACCACGAAUGGCUCAAAGACAUCAUGGGGCUAUCUGAAUGGCAAUGACACCAGCAACAUCAGAGCAACACAAAGAAAAAGUGUCAGCUCAGCAUUUUUGCAGUCCCUUGAGAAUAUAACAAGUCGCCUUACCAAUGACUCUUUCAAUAUUGACACACCUUCAAUUCUCUUGAACAAAACUACAUUUACAAACACUUUCAUGGCAGACUUUGAUUCCUCUGUGGAGAUAGACAUACCAACAUCUGAUGGAAGAAGUAAGUUUAUCACUGUGGUAACAUUUGCCUCAAUGGAUAACGUGCUCCCUGCAAGAGACAAAGGAAAUUCAUCCAUCUACGUCAUCAACGGGAGAGUCGUACUUGUUCAGUCCAGUGGUACCGUCGAUAAUGUUUUGUUCACAUUUGAUAUUAUAAACAAUACUCUGGGGAACGCUCAGUGUGUUUUCUGGAACUUCAGCCUCUUCAGUGGUCUCGGGGGAUGGGACAAUGGGGGCUGCGUGUUGGUAUCCAGCAACACCAACGUCACCUGCAACUGCAACCACCUGACCUCGUUCUCUAUCCUUAUGUCACCUAACACCAUAUUUGACAUUGUGUUGGAUUACAUUACCUACAUUGGAGUUGGCAUAUCUAUGGCUUCCUUGGUCAUAUGCCUCAUUAUUGAAGCUAUCAUCUGGAGAAAAAUAAGAAGGAACACCACAUCUUACUUGCGUCAUGUUUCCAUUGUUAACAUCGCUGUGUCUCUCCUGAUUGCUGACAUCUGGUUCAUUAUUGGGGCCGCCAUCUCAGAUGCAAAGACAAUAAACCAACCAGCAUGCACUGCGGCUACAUUUUUUAUCCAUUUUUUCUACCUUGCCCUGUUCUUCUGGAUGUUAGCCUCAGCUCUGCUGUUGUUCUACCGCACAGUCAGUGUCUUCGACGGGGGUUUGUCUAAAACAUCUAUGUUGGCUAUUGGAUUCUCUCUAGGCUACGGGGGCCCUCUCAUCAUCGCUGUCAUAACUAUAGCUGCCACUGCACCCCAAAAAGCGUACAUCCGAGACGCUGGGGUCUGCUGGCUCAACUGGGAUAAAUUCAAAGCUCUACUGGCAUUUGUGAUCCCUGCACUGACAAUAGUGGUGAUAAACCUGUUAAUCCUGCUUGUUGUGAUUUACAAAAUGUUGAGAAGAAGGGUAGGAGACUCUGCACAAGCAGCUGAAAGACAUGUUAUGGUGACUAUUGCAAGGAGUUUGGCUGUCCUCACACCAUUUUUUGGAUUAACUUGGGGUCUGGGAGCCGGAACCCUCGCCGACCCAACAAAUAGAGGAAUCCGUAUUAUAUUUGCAUUGUUCAAUUCACUGCAGGGUUUCUUCAUAUUGGUGUUUGGAACUCUGCUGGACAAAAAGGUGCGGUCAGAAUUAGGGUCAGAAAUGUCCGGAAGUGGAACACAGAGCACCAGCGCUGGAAACUCAUCAAGUGUAUUUACCCUUUUCCAGAAAGCUAAAGCUUCCAGACAAAACCUUAAAAGCUAAACUUCUAAAUGCUAGAGUAGCGGUUUUAUUAACUGCUAGCGCCUUAUGGUAGUCAUGUCAUAUGUAAUUUUGGCCACAUACUUUGGUCUAAAAAUCUCAACAACUAUUACACACAUUGCCAUAACAUUUGUAUAGACAGUUAUGUUUCCUACACUAUAAAAAUGCCAUAAAAAACAGAAUAAUGCUUUUGUUAAAAACAUUAACCAUAAAAUAAAGAUUGUAUUCUGUAAAGUCAUAUUAUGAGAAAUUAUAGUUUUUGAACAGGAUUAUUCCAUUGCUUAACUUCCUUGAAUGUUAAAUUACAUUGAAUUCUAUGUAAAAAGAUAAAACAACUAACAUCAUGUCAUUGAGUAUAAAAUUAAGACAACUUUUUAAGUUUUUUUUACACUGAAACUUCAAAGUUAAAGUGAAACUUCAAAUAAAUGUAAAAAAAAAAAAAAAGGACCAAUUGUAAAAAAAAAAAAAAAAGACAAAGAAGAACACUUAUCCUAAAAUGUUUAUUUUACAAAUAACAUUAUUUAAAAUACAGAUAUUAACCGCACCUUUUCUGCAUUUAAAGUCCAACUGCAGUAGAAUGAAAAAUAAAUGUUUAAAUUACAUAAUUAAAUGAAGUCUGCUGUUUUCAAACAGUAUUCUUUGGUAAAUUCAUAAGAUUAUAAAAUUCUCCCACAAGAGCUCCCUGUCAAAGUACUGAUUUCUGGAUGUAAAACAUAAAAAAUCACACAAAAUUACCUUCAAAUAAAGUAUCUUGAAAGCUUUAGGCCUAUAUUUUAUGGAAUUAUCCAAUCUAUUUACAGGAAAUUCCUGUCAUUACUUUAUAUAAACAUUAUUUUAUAGUAAUUAAAAUCAACUAUCCAAUAUAUCUACUCACUUUUCCCAUUGAUGUAUGGAGCUUUCUUUGUAUCAACAUUGUUUAUAGCAGGAACUAACCAAUAUAUCUAAAUUAUUUUAGCAUUAUUUUACGGGGUAUACUUUACAUCAACAUUGUGUCUAUUGUUAGAUCCUGAGUUACCCCUGUUCAGGAGGUACUGGACCAUCUCUCCGUCUUAAAGGGUCCGAUCCUGUAGGCCUAUGGCUAUCACACAGUGAGCCAUUGUUUGUACAUUUGUCCCUUGAGACAUGAUUGUUAGAGCGCUGGGAUCUCAACCUAUUUGACACUAUGUAAUUAAAAAUAGAUUACAUUCUUUUCCCAAUAAUGUAUGGUAUUUACUUUACGUCAACAUUGUUUUAUAUUAAAUAAAAUCCAUAAAAGCCA